GCUUGAAAACAUAGUCUUGGGUAGUCAGGUCUUCUACCUUCACCUUUGACUUUGCUCUGUAAAUCCUUCACCUACUCUCCAGUCCCAUUCUCUUCUUCUUCUUCUUUUUUUUUUUAUUCUACUGUUCAACAAAAAAGUCAAUUUCAUAAACAACCAUGGUGAAAAAGGCCCAAUCGAAGACCACCUUUGACACACUACAGAACCCAGACCAAGUGUCUGGUACUACAGUCAUUGUUCAUUCUUCAUUCUCGCCCGAGGGUGGACAUAGUUACUGCAUUGUCACACCAGGUGCAGAUCACUACCGUCUGCGAAUCUUUGAUACUACCACAGGAGCUAUCAAGAACAACUAUGAGCAAAAAGAAGGAGACGGCAAGUGGACUUGUAUCCGCUGGGGAAACAUUACUGAGACUGGAUCCAAUGGAACUUCAAAGAAAAAGAGGAAAUCAUCUACUGGAGGCUCCCAUAGCCCAGUCUUGGCUCUCGGUCAUACAAACGGACAUAUUUCGAUCUUCUCACUCGUACAUGGUCGAGUUAUCAAGGAGCUUUCUGGAUCUCAUACUGGCAAAGUCAAUGAUUUCUGUUUUUCAAAGAGUGGCAACCGUGGAUUUUCAGCUGGCGAGGAUGGUCUGGUGAUCGAGUGGGAUAUUAUGCAAGGCGUAGAGAUGAGUAAGCUGAAGACAGAGGCCAAGUCCGUCAAGAAGAUUCAGCUCAACCAUGAAGAGACCAUGCUGUUGACAGCAGGACAUAAUAUGAAACUCUGGGAUCUUGAGACUCGUGAGACGAUCAAGGACUUUACAGGACAUGCCAGUGCGAUCACAAAUGUUGUAUUCUCUGCAAACGAUAAGUUCUUGGCAUCCACAGCCGAGCAGGACCGCUUCAUUAAUCUCUGGGAUUGCACGCGCGAUAACCAACAGGAGGGUAACAUCACAGCCUUGACCCUUGACAACACCGUCUCGCAUAUCGAUAUCUCGCCCAACAAUGCUGUUCUUGCCAUUUCAGAAGAGGGUACAGCUGGUCUUUGGCAGAAUGCACAGAGUGUAAGUGGUACCUCGAGUAGCAGCGCCAAGGCCAACAAGAAGAAGCGUUACACUACUCGUGCAUGCGAUUGUUCAAUCAAGAUCGAGUCAUCUCGUGGGGACAGAGCCCUCAUCCCCUUGCUUGCAGGAAUCUUCACACCUCAAGGACAGAUGAUCCUCGCUCGUGGAUCAACCAUUAAGCCCGUAUUCGAGAAGAUUGAUUUCCAGAAUGAGGAUGGCUCAUUGAAAGAGAAGGAAAUGCUUCUGACCCGUGCACCUGUCACUGGUUUCUUGUUGGACGAGGCAGCCCAGGCAGAUAGUAAUUUGAAAGCAACUAAGAAGGCAUAUGAUGAGAGUGCAGUAACAGUGGUUGGUGUAACAGAUUUCGCAUUGCCUACGGCAGGUAUGGCAAAUGCUGAGGAUAGUGAAGGCGAAGAUGGUGGAGACAAGGACUCUACUCAGAUGGAAGGACGUACCAUGGAAGAGAAACUUCAGGAUUUGGCAAUGGACGAGUCAGCAAACAGUCUGACAGAAAAGAAAUCAAAACAGUCUGCUAGCGGUAGUGCCAAGAACAAAUAUCCUACACCCAAAGCCAACUCUCUGCAACAGAUGCUCAUCCAGGCAUUACAUUCGAAUGACUUGCAGCUCUUGGAGGCAUGUCUGACCUUCAAUAAUGUGGAGGUGAUCAGGAACACAGUUCGUCGUCUUCCUACAGCUUAUGUAGUCCCAUUCUUAACCCAAGUCAUCCACAAGUUCCAACAAAAGCCUAAUCGUGGUGAAGCGCUUUUGGAGUGGAUCAAAGCAGUAUUGCUGAUCCACACUGCAUACCUGAUGACAGUCCCAGACUUGAUGAAGAAAUUGUCCAACUUCUACCAGACCUUGGAUUCACGCGUUUCUGUGUUCCAAAAGAUGUUGAACCUUCAUGGUCGCUUGGAUCUGGUAAUGAACCAGAUUGAGAUGAGGCAGCAAUAUGUAGCUGAGGAUGUGACAAAUGAAGCAGCAACGGUGUAUGUGGAAGACGAGGAUGAUGAAGAGGGAGAAGAUUUGGAUCUUGAUAUGGAUGACGAUGAUGACGAUGAUGAUCUUGUUGGUGAGGCAGAUGCGUUUGAUGAAGAGGAGCUUGGAGAGACAGACGAAGAAGAACUUGAAUCUGAAAUGUCGGAUGAUGACGACGAUGAAGUAUCCGAAGACGAAGAAUAAGAUAACAAGAUCCAGAUACAUCCUUUUCUUUUUUUUUUUUUAACUGAAC